GUUUUGCUUGUUAACAGCAAUUGUUCAUUUAAUAGUCUCACAUUAUUGGCAUUGCUGAGAAAUACAAAGUAGGCCUAAUUCAUUAAAGAAAAGAAAGGAAGAAACUUAUCAUCUUUCAUUUCAAACAAGCUGCAUCCACAAAUUUUAGGCCCCAUAUCAAUAUUGUCAACAGGCAUUGGCACAUGGAUUUGCCUGCGGUGGUUAGUGACAAAAACUUCAGCACUAUUUUGUAUAAAUAAUCCCCCAUUCAUGAUUCUUUUUUCAUCAUCAAGCUCAAGCAUUUUCAAUUUAGCCAUCAAAGGUCUCUAAUUUUCUCAUUUAAUUUCUUGUUUACAGUCUUCAAAGGAAAAAAUGGCAAUGCUCAGUGCUAAGAAACUCAUCAAGAUGGCCAGGAAAUGGCAGAAGUUUGCAGCCAUGCAGAGGAAGAGGAUUUCAUUUCCAAGAAAUGGUAUUGAUGCAGACAGUUGCAGUACAUCCUCAUCAUCUACAGUUGAGAAAGGCCAUUUUGUAGUAUAUACAACUGAUCAAGCCCGUUUUGUCGUUCCCUUGGCUUACCUUGAAAAUGAGGUCAUAAGGAAACUUUUAAGCAUGUCUGAAGAAGAGUUUGGGUUGCCGAGUGGUGGCCCUAUUAAAUUACCAUGUGAUUCAACCUUCAUGAGCUAUAUCAUUUCACUAAUCAAGAAAGGUGUAGCUGCGGGAGAUCUUCACAAAGCAGUGCUCCUCUCAAUUCCUUCAUGCUGCUGUUCGACUUUUUCUAUGCACCAAGAAAUUGGAAGCCGGCAGCUUCUUGUUUGUUGAGUUAAGGUCAACAAUUUUUUUUGUACAUAGUAAUAGUUUUAGAAAAGCGUACAUUGGAGAGUACACAAUUGUAAAGAACAUCAUAUGAAUUGAAUACUCAUAUAUUUGAAAAUAUA